AGAAUGGGCCACCAGAAAGAGAGAGUGCAUCGACUGAAGAAGGACGCAUGCGCGGAGGGACUCCGCGUGUGCACAAUCUCCGAGAGUGCGCGCGUGCGGCCUCCCCCGCGCAUGCGCCCUUAAUGCGCUUUGAGUUGUCUGUCUCUGUGGCGGUUUGUGGGAGUUUCCGUCAUUGCGCGGAGGAGGAGGAGGAGGAGGAGGAGGAGGGAGGCUGUCCCUGCGGCAUUUGGCGAGUUUAUACAGAAGAGGAAAUGGAUGCAUAAUCUUAUUAAAUAACCAUUUCAUUCAUCUGCAAAGAGGAAUGGACAUUGAAUAGUUAACUGUACAACCAGAAAAUGCUGCAGAGUUUUGGCUGUAGUUAGUUUGGGAAGUGACGUCUUAGAGCAUUUGCUGUUCUAGAAAAAGAAGAGACACGUAGUGUAAAGGGCUCUGGGUGGUAGUGUCUCUACCACCGUGUAUAUUUAUCUGUAUAAAGUGACAAGGGAGGGGGAGAAAGAGAAAGUGAUGAGCAGUCUGCCUGCUGCUUUAACACAAAUAGAGUUCUUGUGACUUCUGUUAAACGAUCUUCCAGCAACACUUCAUAGUUAAAAUUAAAUACUUUUUUAUAUCAAAGUAAAUAAACUUUGGAAUAUUCAAGAUGGGGAAGGAUUAUUAUUCCGUUCUUGGAAUUGAAAAGGGGGCAUCUGAUGAAGAUAUCAAGAAAGCCUACAGAAAACAAGCCCUUAAAUGGCAUCCAGAUAAGAACAAAUCUCCUCAUGCAGAAGAGAAAUUUAAAGAAAUUGCAGAAGCCUAUGAGGUGCUGAGUGAUCCCAAAAAAAGAGAAAUUUAUGACCAAUUUGGAGAAGAAGGUCUGAAAGGAGGAGCUGGAGGACCAGAUGGGCAAGGUGGUACUUUCCGGUACUCUUUUCAUGGAGACCCACAUGCUACAUUUGCAGCAUUUUUUGGUGGCGCAAAUCCUUUUGAAAUCUUCUUCGGUAGAAGGAUGCCUGGCAGCAGGGACACAGAAGAUAUGGAAGUUGAUGGAGAUCCAUUUGGUUCCUUUACUACUUUUAGUAUGAAUGGAUUCCCAAGGGAAAGAAACAGUGUUGGUAGCCAACUGCGUCGUAAACAAGACCCCCCUGUUAUUCAUGAACUCAAGGUAUCAUUAGAAGAGAUUUAUCAUGGUUGUACCAAAAGGAUGAGAAUUUCCCGAAAAAGGCUCAACCCAGAUGGUAGAAGCGUCCGAACUGAGGAUAAAAUACUUACUAUUGAUAUCAAGAGAGGAUGGAAAGAGGGUACCAAAAUUACAUUCCCAAAAGAGGGUGAUGAAACACCUAAUACCAUCCCAGCUGAUAUUGUAUUUGUUAUUAAAGAUAAAAUACAUGCACACUUCAAGAGGGAUGGUUCCAAUAUUGUCUAUCCUGUGAAGAUUAGUUUACGGGAGGCUUUAUGUGGCACCUCAAUUAAUGUACCAACAAUAGAAGGUCGAACCAUACCAAUGACAGUAAAUGAAGUUGUAAAGCCUGGAAUGAGAAGAAGAAUUAUAGGAUAUGGUUUACCAUUUCCGAAAAAUCCUGACCAGCGAGGCGACUUAAUAAUAGAAUUUGAAGUAAUCUUCCCAGACAGUAUAGCUCCAGCUUCAAAAGAAGUACUCAGAAGAAAUCUUCCUGUUUCGUAAGAAACUUGGUGAACUAACUGUUCCAUGAGUACACUUCAGACUGAAGACUUUCAGGUUUAUGCUGUAAACAUGCAAUCUAUAACUGUGGAACUUUUAUUUUUUGUUUUGGGUGGGGAAUUAUGCCAUGCUGCAUGAAAAUAGGAGGGACAGUACAGAAGACUUUGUAAUCAAGUAUAAAGCUAAAACCACUUGCUGUGUACUGGGUCUUCCAUUUCAGAACAUUUUGUUGAAUAUUUUGCUUACAUAUAAAAACAUAAUUCUGAGGUGGGAGAACACCUCUGUGCAUAUACUGUAUCAUGAAGUGCUUGACUUUCAAAAGUCCUUUAUUUCAGAUAUUUCUUGAUCUUUUUGUGAGGUAUUGUAUUGCAGUAUCAAAUCACAAUUCAUGAUAGGAAUCUAUGUAGGGUUUGCAAUAUGUAUGUUGUGUGUAUGCCCACAGGCUUUGUUUACAUUGCACAUAGCAGAAAGUGGAAAAUCUGGAAAUUUUCAUGAAUCCCAGGGAACCACAAAGUUCUUCCUGCAGUGUUCUAUAAGUUCACAGAUUUCUUUUCUUGGCAUUUUUCAGGAGUGGCCGGAUAAAAAACAGAAACCCUGUUCUAUGGCGUGCUCAUUUAAACCUAGCCAAUUUAAAGAAGGAAGUAGUUGUUUUAAUGCCUUUAGAACAUAUGCGCAAAAUGUACAC